AAGGACAAAGCUGGGGCGCGGUUGACUGAAUAAGCGAUUACUCAUUCUCCGUGGGGCUGCGUGCUAGCGUUGCGCGUCUCCGUCGCAAACACUCUGGCCGUGACUGAGCACUUGGAAGCAAGUAUUACAGUCAGUGCAGUUCCAUCGCGGGCGGCAUUUUUGUCUUAGACGUUUGAAGAGAUGGAUAUUGAAGGGUGGCUGAAGAAUUGCACGGCGUACCACUCCCAAUUCACAAAUGGGUCAGCAGGAUCAGUGGGCAAUAUGGUCAUUCUUCCUAUCAAGUCUCAGUACAGGGGCCCAGCUCCAAAGAGCACUGAUGAGACAGACAUUAUUGAUGAAGCACUCUAUUAUUUCAAAGCCAAUGUUUUCUUUCGAACAUAUGAAAUAAAGAGUGAAGCUGAUCGUGUGCUGAUAUACUUGACGUUGUACAUUUCUGAGUGCUUGAAGAAACUUCAAAAGUGCUCGAGCAAAAACCAGGGUGUCCAGGACAUGAAGGCACUGGCCAUCUCCAAAUUUGACAUUCCAGGAGAAGCAGGAUUUCCUUUAAAUCCAGUCUACGCAAAGCCUUCAUCUCCAUCUGAAGCAGAGACAAUGAGGGCUUACCUUACACAGCUACGACAAGAAUGUGGGCAACGUCUAUGCGACAAGGUUUUCGAUAGUGAGACUGGGAAGCCAAGCAAGUGGUGGCUGUGCUUUGCCAAGAGGAAAUUCAUGGACAAGAGUCUGUCCGGGUUUGGUCAUGCUUACCAAUAACAGGCAUAACUCCCAUUAUCAGACCUUGUCUAAAUGUGUAUGUAAUUCCGAACACACCACAGAACUUUGAUUCAUUAAGUAAUCUAGCACUGGUUUUGUAAUUAGUCCCCAAGGAAUAAUUUGUUGAUUAAAACUGAACACAUCCAGAAA